CUUGACCAGUUCCUCCAUUCUUCAUGAAGGACCUUGAGCCACUUGAUCCCUCUUAUGUUCAGGAAGUUUUAUCUCAACCACCAUUUACUUCCAUACCAGGUGUCAUUAAUGUUCGAGAUCUCGGCGGAUAUCCAUCUAUGACACACCCAGGCAAGAGUACAAAACCAGGCUUUAUGUAUCGCUCUGCAGAAGUAGCCAGUAUCACAGAUGAAGGAAAGGAACAAGUUCGCCGUCUAGGAAUAAAAACGGUCUUCGACCUAAGAUCCGAUACUGAAAUCAAGAAAUAUAACGCUCCUCUACCAACAAUUGAGGACGUAGAAUUGUUACAUGUUCCCGUUUUUCAAAUUGAAGACUACAGCCCAGAGAUGAUGGCUAAGCGCUAUCAGUUGUACGCUAGUGGCAAAACCGAGGCGUUCAUGGAACUCUACUCUCAAAUUCUCGAUCACGGAGGUCCAGCUUUCGGCUCGAUACUACGAUUCAUUCGCGAUCAUUCUGACCAUGCAUGCUUAUUUCAUUGUACGGCUGGUAAAGAUCGGACUGGGAUCAUGGCGGCUAUUCUGCUCAAACUUGCAGGGGUAGACAAUGUCGCCAUCGCCAACGAUUACUCUUUGACGCGUGUAGGUCGGGAACCAGCACGGGAAAAGAUCAUGGAACGGUUAUCUAAAGAACCACUAUUCGCCUCGAACAAUGAGGCUGCAUUGAUCAUGUUCACUUGCCGUGAGGAAACCAUGCUUGCUUUCUUGGAUUUGCUCGAUACAAAGUACGGCGGUGUCGAAGAAUACAUCAGGAAUUACACACAUCUCUCCGAAAGCGAUAUUGCUGUGAUUCGAAAUAAUAUGCUUGUGUCUUCGCACUCACUUCUAUAGCCUUGAUAUUGUAUCUUCCGAUAGUGCUCGGGAUAAGUCUAGGCAAAUUAGCAGCUGCAUGUCAGAAACAAAUCCAAGACUGCGAUGUGCUAAGCCUGAGUAUUGUGCGAUUCCUGACCACUGAUAUUGACCAUCUCGUGUCAAUAUGAAAAAUAUCAUCGUGGCCACAACCGUUCCCUUCCUUGUCGUUGCUUCUAUUUCGAACACGUAUGUAGGCAUCGGAAAUCAACUACGCAAAAUUUAUGAAACAAACUCGGAAACUUUCUUCUUACCAUUAUUGGUUGCAC